AUGGCCGCAACCCAACCUCGGCCGUAUAGGCGCAUUUUGACCUCAUCGCUGCACCGACGUUUCGUUCAUGCUUCUGCGCUCGCUUUAUUGGUCUGCUAUGGUAUUGCAAUUGCGAUCGGUAACAAGACAUCAUUCUUUUGGUCAUGGUUCCCCAUUGGCUCCUGUGGAGUCCGUACCGUCCUGCUGUUUAUCUCCUCCCUCGUCAUUUUCGUCCUCCGGGUUGGUCAAAUGCAUCUUGGAUCGAGGACGACAACAUCUUCGUUCGCAACCUUGAAAUAUCUUUUCCCUCUUCAAGUCGCGCAGACCUUCGCUUGGUAUCUGUUUUCGGCAUGGUGGUUUACCGAGAUUUACAUCUGGUCCUCUUCGACCGGAGCGCAUCUGGAGAUGGUGAAUCGCGGCAGGCCACAUGAGCGCCCGCAUCUGAAUGAGCGACCUAUUUACAUCCACAGCUUCCACUUGAUUCUGGCGUGUGUACAGGCAGUGAUCCAUCUUUAUUACGACUACGACAGCGUCCCAAUCCCGGUUGUUAAGCGAGCGCCGAAAUCAGACGAUCAGCGGACACAUCUCGUUCCCCCGACUUCCAAGCAUAUCCAGAAUUUGUUGCCCCAGAUUAUCAUCACUGGUCUCACAAGAACCGCCACUGUGGCCGCUGUCACUCCAGUAGUGUACCGACUUUUCCUUCGACGCAGUGCGUGGAGCUGGUCUUUAUAUUUUGCCAAGCUCUUUUGGAACUUUCCUCGGUCUGCCUCGGAGCCUGAAUCAUUCUUUCCCCCGGGUUUCCUGCUCUUGGUUCUCCGUUCUUGGUUCUCAGGAUCCCUCCUGGUCUUGUGCUGGCAAUGCACCAAUCUCUUCUUUUCGGUAUUCAUCGGGAAAGAGCCUCUGAAGCGUGGCCAGCCGCUUACAAGCGAAGCUAAAGAUCCCAACGGCAGUCUGAUUAACGGUUUGAAGGCAAAGAAAUCAGUGGUGAAAGCCUUCGCGCUUUGGGAGCUCGGCCUCAUCAGCCAACGGCAGCCCGACCGCCGUAAGGCGAUUUUCAACGAAAUUGACCGUGACAAUGGCACGACUUGGUCUCAAACCUUGGAAUGCCUGAUGGAUGUCAUUAAGGGAAUUAAUGUGCGGAUAGAUGCUAGCAAGACCCCUGCCUCUGGUCCUCAGCCAUCAGCACAAACAACAGCCUUCCAGCCUACUCUCCAGACAUUGCCUCGACUCACAGACGCCCCGAAGACCGAGAAUGUUUUCGCUGCUUCACCGAAGGGUACUUCGCGCCAGGAGCAGUUUGGCGAUGCCUUCUCCGCAGCCGCGAAAUCUUACGGUCAAUCACCGGACUGGACACCCCAGGCGCGAGCCCGUGCUCGUCAGGUGUUCGACCGGGCUUCAUCGGCUGUUCUCAGCCCGGAACGCAAAAAGAGAAUCAUGGCGUCGUCCGAGGAGCUAAAGCUGCUCACUGGAAGUCCUUCCGCCACAUAUAAACCUGAAAAUGUUCAUCCAGUGCUCGCACAGUUCCUCCGCUCUUCCAUUGGACAUUUUUUCCGACAGUCAUAUGCACAACGUGCAUCGAACAUUGUUCUUGGGGGGCCCGAGUCCUCUCUGAGCUCCAUUGUGGAUGCAGUUGAUUGCUUGACCCGGCUUUUGAUCGCCAGUCUGGCAGAGGAUCAGUAUGGCAAGGUCCAAGCUGACGUCCCGUCUGUAAUUCAUUUGCUGACAAGCACAAUCGUAUCUUUGGAGGCGUUUAUCCACCAGGGCGGCUUGGAUGCUCACUGGACAGAUGUUAAUUUCCCUCCGUCAAGUCAGCCAGAGGCUCAAGCAGAAGCCCGCCGGGUUCCUGAUGUGGAUCUCGUGCUGGAUACACUGAAGAGCGGUCUUGGUGAACUGCUGACUUCCUUCAAGCCCUACCUAAGGGAUAUCGGGCUUGCAGGCAAGGAGCUCAGGCUAGCGAAGGAGGCCGCUGGUAUCGACACCGAGGAGUCAUGA